AUGCUGUUGCUGUAUGAGUUCUGCCAAAAACAUGAAAGCGAACGGAGCUGCCUCAUCGUCUUGCAAGACUGGCAUGAGCUUGAGCCAGUUCUCCACCACUUCGUUGGCAUUAGGGAUAUCAGAACCGAAAGAGUGCAGAACCUUGGCAAUGGCGGCAAUGGUGUUUUCAGUAGCGGAGAGGUUUUCUUCAGCUUUAGAAUCUGGGACGUUGCACAUUGCCAACAUCGAUGGCAAGGUAGCAAUACAGAAAUCUUUGAACUGGCCUCUUCCGAACUGGGCGCACGCACCAACGGUAUAAGAGGCUGCCUGUCUUAUGCUUGCUUGUGGAGACGUGAGAGACUCGCCAACAGGGUUCAUGAAGAAUUCCUUAAAUUGGAACGCCAAAGGUCCAGCAUAUUCAACCAAGUCAGAAACUGA